CUAUUUUAUCGUACUGUGUUUUUGCUGGACAAAUAUCGCGUUGAAUUUUUAUUUCGUCACAAGAAAAGGGCAUUAGAAACCCAAAAAACGACAUAAUUGGCUUGAAUUUGGUGACAAACGGCAGAUAAUAACACAAUGGGUCGUCGCUGCUGCGUGGCCACCUGCCCGUCGACGUCGCGUCUGCUGGAACACCACGGCGUGACGUACCACUCGUUCCCCCUGGAUCCCAUCAUCCGGGCCAUUUGGAUUAAGAACUCGCGCAUCAGCCUGGAGCGCCAGAUCACCAAGAGCGUCCUCGUCUGCUCGCGCCACUUCCGCCGCCUGGACUUCAACACGAUCCGCAAUGGCAAGUAUCUGCUCAAGCCGCGCGUCUUUCCCACCGUGUUCCCGUGGGGCAAGAUGGACUCCUCGGAGAUCGAGGCGGACCACCGGGCACUGCAGCACGCCAGCGUGGAGGGCACGACGGGGGCACCGGGAACUGCUCAAUCGUCAGCCAACGAGGAUGUGAUCAAAGCCACGGUAGAUCAAAUAGUGGCACAAAUCCUGGCGGAGACGGCCGAACGCAAUGCCGCGGCUGCUGCGGAGAAGGCCAGAAAAGAGCAGGAGGAGAAGGCUUCAGGAAAAACAACUGCUGAAGCCAACGAAGAUGCAACCAAGGCAGUUGUGGAGGAAUCCCCGGCUACUCCUGGACCCUCAACCAGUGAAGCUGCAGCCCCGGCGGCCGAAACUCCCUCCAACUCGAACUCACCGCUUCCCGGCUCACCGGCCAAGUACAGCAACCCACAUAACCUGACCAUCGGCGCCCGUCUGGAGGCCCUGAGUGUGGAGGGCAACUGGUUGCCCGCCCGCAUCGUCGAAGUCAACGAGACGGAGCAGACGCUGCUCGUGCGCUUCGAGCGCAACCACAAGCUGAAGGUGUCGCCGUCGACAAGCGGCAGCUUCCAGGAGUGGAUGGCCAUCAAGUCGGAGCGUCUGAGGCAGCGCCUCAGCACCCGCGUCCUGCCCGUCUUCGAGCUGGAUGAGAAGUGCAUGGCCCGCUGGUCGGGGCCGCGCAAGUUCCCGGGCACCAUCCGCAAGCUGCUGGGCAACGACACCUACGAAGUGCUCUUCGACGACGGCUACAUCAAGAAUGUGCGCGCCGUGCACAUGAACAAGCUGCCGAAGCAGCUGCCAGCCGUCCAGGCACCGGAUGUGGGCGCCUCCAAGAUGCCCAUUACUGUUGGAACCCCCGUUGCCACUGUUUCUCUGGCCCCCAAGAGAGCCAGCACGGGCAGCGGUAGUGGAGCCAGCGGAGUCUCGAGCAGCAAGAAGAGCAAGACCACGCCACAGCGCAGGGAUUGGCCGCUACUGGACAUGGCCAGCCUGGAUAUAUCUUCCCUGGGCCUCCCAGAGAUUCCGCACGAUGGUGAGUGGACGUGCCACUGGGUGAACGACCAGCCGAUCGGGACCGAGGGCUUCCUGAUCGUGGGCGAGCACCAGAAGCCGACGGUUAUCGUGCAGGACUGGCGUCUGCCGCCCGGAUGGAUCAAACACAUGUACCAGCGCUCAAAUGUGCUUGGCAAGUGGGAUGUCAUUUUGGUUUCGCCCAGCGGCAAGCGUUUCCGCUCCAAGUCCGACUUGAAGCUGUUCCUCGAGUCGCAGGACCUAGUCUACAAUCCGGAUGUGUAUGACUUUAGCAUUCACCGUCGCCGGGCCAAGGACAUCAACGCGUAUGUUUACACCCACGACUACAACCCGCAGCCACCGCCCAAGCCCAGGUCCAUGGAUGUGUCAAUGGACUCCACGCUGGACCAGAGCAACACAACGCAAUCCUCGUUGCCUUCUACCCCGAUGCCGGUUAAAGAAAGUCAGUACAUGGAGGCCCCGGUGGCCUCGCUAAUGCCCCCAGCAGAACUAAUGUCGCCGCAAGCUCAGCUCACCGAUGAGGCAAAGACCAAGACAACUCCAGAACUACUGGAAGCCAUUGAGGGAGGUCAAGCUCAGAUGCUGCAAGGAGAUCCUCCUCUCGUGGAGAAUGGAUUUGCUUUUAUUGGCGGUCUGAAGGUCCAAAUCCAGGACAAUCUGUAUGUAUGUCCGCGCGAAGGUUGCGGCAAGACAUAUCGCAAGGAGGACUUUUUGCUUAUCCAUAUUCGUCAUUACCACAAGGAAUUCGCCGAAUACGUGAGCCACUGCCCCAAGAUGCAAGAACUGGCAGUCAAGCGUACGCACCCCUCAUCCAUCGAGCAGGGCGAUGCGGUGCCCAAGAACCAAAUACCAAACCAGCAAUUCUUUGCCAAGCUGCACCAGCAGGAUAUGCAGCAAUCGCGGUCAUUUAAACGUCAAUCGCUCCCAGCUACGGUCACAUCCCCCGGAACGCCGGGAACCCCACCUGGAAUAUCGCCUUCUAAAGGACUCUUAUCUCCCAAGAUGGAGCCACCAGGCACAAUGACGCCCACUGUUGAAAGUGGCAUUAAAUCAGGAGAUCUUUCCGUGGAGGCUGGAGCUGCCUUCUCGGUAAACUCCUCCCUAAAUCGUUCCUGCAAGCGGGCUCGUUUCUCGCCCACCAAGCGCCCCUCUGGCUCGAGAAAGAGCAACCGCCAGCGCUCUCAGCGUCGCAGCAAUUUAACGGACAGCACGGCUGGUCAUUCCUUAAACGAACCAGACGCGGAAGAGACGCGCCAAUCCUUCAACACGCCCACUCCGGAUGGACGCAGCGACACGAAGAAACGACGAGUUGGUGCGGCAGCCACUCCAAUCAGCUCAAUUGACUCACCAGCCACAGCAGACUCGAUAUCCACGCCGUCGUCUAAUGACCAGGCGGACAUUAAUGCAGCUCUGGCUCCACCGCCUGCGGACAUACUCAGCAAAGCACCGCAGUACAUCAAGGAGAACGGAGAACUAAUCCGAAUCGUGCGAAUGCGGCAGGAGGAGAUCAUCAACUGCAUCUGCGAGUACGGCGAGGAGGACGGUCUGAUGAUCCAGUGCGAGUUGUGUCUGUGCUGGCAGCAUGGCGCCUGCAACGGCAUCGUCAAGGAGUCGGAUGUGCCGGACAAGUACGUUUGCUACAUCUGUCGUAAUCCGCAAAGGGGACGAGAUUCCAUGAGGUUUAAGCACGACCAGGACUGGCUGUUCGAAGGCAAGCUGCCGGCGGCCGCCUACCACAGAGCAAAUCCAAAGGCCACUAAGCAAUCCGAGAUACUGAAGCGGUCACACACUCUAACCGGCAAUUUACUGGACGCCAGGCGAUCCAUGCACUCGCUGCUGGUGAAGAUCAACAUUGCACGGAACCGCUGUCACCCGAAGCUGUACCUGUGGGCUAAAAAGUGGGACGAGGACAACGUGGAUGCCUCUGCUGUGACGCCUGUUAAACGUACGAAGACGGAGCAACCUGACCUUCCAAAUGUUCCGCAACCAGAGGCCGCUAUCGAUCCGGAGGAGUGCCAGUACCGCCUAAUAGAGCACGUGAAGGUACAGCAGGCGUUGGUCAUGAAUCGGCUCGAUGACAUCGAGGCGGAAAUGAAUGAACUUGAAAAAGAGGACGACCUCGAGGACUUAAAAGAUGGGGACAUCUCCACCACCAAAGAGGCCCUAGCAACGUUCAUCAAGGAGCUUGAGACAAUGAAGCGCCUCGCCAAGCUCAACCAGGUGGCCAAUCUGAAGCAGACCCUUAAAGAAUCUGCCACCAAUCAGUAACCAAUUCAUUUAAGAAGUUUAAAAUGAAAGGAAUUAUCCAUUUCCAUGACGGCGAAUCAAGGAAUUAAAAUGAUUGAUAUCUAGAAUUUGUAGAUGAAAGACCAAAUUGCUUCUUAUUUUGCUAUCCUUUAUUUCCUAGAUGCAGAAUGUUACUCUACUCUGUAC